GACUGUGCAGCAUCAACAGAGGUCUUGCCGCGGCUUGCCAUCACUGAGGACCUCCCAUGCACUCAAUCCGCUCACGGCCGAUAUGUCGCGCCCAUAACACCUUCUCGCCCUCGAUCGCCCUGUGGCAGCACUUCGUUGCACCGAAUCAACACUUUCCGCAGCGACAACUCAAGUCUUCGUUCACGACUGAGGUUACGCAAAGCCGCGACGACGAAAACGUCAAUUCGAAUGGAGAGGACCUAGCUGCACAGCUCAAGGCGGCAUCAGAACGAACAGCAGUGUUCAAAAAAGUGAGGACCGAAAAGGGCAACUACUCGCUGAACUGGAAGUUGUACCCAAAAUAUCGAGACAAUGGCGAGCAGAAAGAAAGGACAUCUCUUGGAAAACCUCGGGGAAGACGACAACAAGAUGCUGAGAGACUGCUGAUCAAGGCCUACAACGCGUACGAUGCGGCGCAAGACUACGAAGGUGUGGUGGUGCAACCAAUUCAGACCGGCGUACCUGUGAGGGAAAGCAACUUCCCCUGGGUCCCCAGAAACCGGGAAAGCAUAAAGUCAGCCGAAGAGAGGUUAGAACUCGAGAUACAAGCCUUCCACAAAUAUAUUCGACCGAACCACGCCGAGAGUAUCGCCCGAAAGCACGUUAUCGAGCAGGUGCGCCAGCAUGUUCGAGAGAUCCUCCCUGGCUAUGUUCUUGAAGUGUUCGGUUCAGAACGUACUGGCAUUGCCUUCGCCGGAUCGGACAUCGAUCUGCGACUCGUCCCCCAGAAUGUCAUGUCAGAUACCGCUCGAUCUAAACUGCCACCUAGUCCCGAGGAGAGAUCCAGACGAAGGGGAGACCUGAGGAGGCUACACCAAAUCCUCAUGAUGAAACACAAAACAGACUACUUGCUCCCCAAGAUACGGUGGGCGCGCUACCCUUUGAUCUCGCUGCAGGACCGGGCAUCUGGUUUGGACAUACAAGUAGUGCUUUCGAAUGACACGUCUGUCAGUCGGGAGUUCAUGCAGCGCUACAUGGAAGAGUACACUUACCUCCCUCAGCUGUAUUCAGUCAUCAAGGCCAUCUUGGACGUUCGCGGACUCUCAGACGUCUUCCGAGGAGGCAUCGGCUCCUACUCCCUCUUCAUGAUGAUCGUCGCCAGCCUCAAACACAGGCCGCAUCCACGCAACGACGCAUCAGGCGCUCUGCUGUACUUCCUACGCUUCUGGGGCACCUUCAAAGCAGAGGAGCACGGUAUCUCCGUCGAGCCAGCAGAGCUAUUCGCAAAAUCAGAGCAGGUCGUCAUGCACGACAAAGUCAUGGAGCACAUUGAGGAAGGCAAAACCGCUCCCCUUCCCCCGUGGAUGCUCACCCUCCGCGACCCGGCCGACGAAACCAAUGAUCUCGGACGCAAAGCCAUCGCCUGGAAGCACGUGCAGAAGACUUACAGAAACCUUGCCGAGCGGUUGCGAAUAGAUAUGGCACAGAAUACUAGGCCCAGCUUGCUGGCCUGGUAUGUCGGGCCCAUCUACACACUGCAGCAGGCGCACCGCAAGAAGCUCACUGAGUACGGGCGCUCUUUGGCGACAGCAGGCAGGAAGUACCCUCCGGUCUUUUAUACUUCCGCGCAGUUGGUGAAGACAAAGGCCUUGGAGGCAGAUGCUCGAGCGAUCGACCGAAAAACUCCGGAUCUCAAUGAGCUCGCAUCCAUUGCUCGGGAGGUUAGAGACGGCAAGACAGAGGCGGUGGACGAAGACGCUGGAACGAUGGCUACUCCGGAGUCUCCAGAUUUCGAUGAGCUGGCCUCCAUCGCUCAGGCGAUCAGAGAGGGCGAGGCUGCAAACAAACAGUCGGCUCGCGAGGCUGAAGCUUCGGACGUGGCAAAAGAGGAUCAAGUGAAUCCUUGGAUGAAGGACAUCGUUGGAGAGUAUAGUCACAAGGAGACUGGCGAGGCCUUUUCCAACCUCCUGGGUCUGGACAAGAAGCGGGACGCAAACAAGCGGGAAGAAUAGAUACCCAAUUUCACCACAUCACGCCUUCGCAACAUACUGCAAUCA